AUGGCGGCGGCGGCGGUGGCGGCGGCAGCAGCCGCGGCUGCGGCUGCAUCUCUGCAGGUGCUAGAGAUGGAGAGCAUGGAGACGGCCGCCGCCGGCUCGGCGGGGCUGGCCGCCGAAGUCAGAGGCAGCGGCACGGUGGACUUCGGGCCUGCGCCUGGCUUGUCUGCAAUGGAGGCGAGCGGGGGCGACCCGGGCCCGGAGGCCGAGGAUUUCGAGUGCAGCUCUCACUGCUCGGAGCUGUCAUGGAGGCAGAACGAGCAGCGGCGCCAGGGCCUCUUCUGCGACAUUACCUUGUGCUUCGGCGGUGCGGGAGGCCGCGAGUUCCGGGCCCACCGCUCGGUGCUGGCCGCCGCCACCGAGUACUUCACGCCCCUGCUCUCGGGCCAGUUCUCCGAGUCCCGCUCGGGCCGGGUGGAGAUGCGCAAGUGGAGCUCCGAGCCCGGGCCCGAACCCGACACGGUGGAAGCCGUUAUCGAAUACAUGUACACCGGGCGCAUCCGCGUCAGCACGGGCAGCGUGCACGAGGUGCUGGAGUUGGCCGACAGGUUCCUAUUAAUUCGUUUAAAAGAAUUUUGUGGAGAAUUUCUCAAGAAAAAACUUCAUCUCUCUAAUUGUGUGGCCAUUCAUAGCUUAGCUCACAUGUAUACUCUAAGCCAACUUGCUCUGAAAGCUGCGGAUAUGAUACGGAGAAACUUCCACAAAGUAAUUCAGGAUGAGGAGUUUUAUACUUUACCUUUCCACCUCAUUCGAGACUGGCUGUCGGACUUGGAGAUUACAGUUGAUUCUGAAGAGGUUCUAUUUGAAACAGUUUUGAAAUGGGUUCAGAGAAAUGCUGAAGAGAGAGAGAGAUACUUUGAAGAACUUUUUAAAUUGCUCAGAUUGUCCCAGAUGAAACCUACUUACCUUACUCGUCAUGUCAAACCAGAGAGGCUGGUGGCCAGUAAUGAAGUUUGUGUCAAGUUAGUGGCCGAUGCAGUGGAGAGGCAUGCUCUUAGAGCCGAGAAUAUACAGUCUGGCACAUUCCAGCAUCCCACUUCUCAUGUCUCAUUAUUACCUCGCUAUGGGCAAAACAUGGAUGUGAUCAUGGUUAUCGGAGGCGUGUCAGAAGGAGGGGACUAUUUAAGUGAAUGUGUGGGAUAUUUUGUCGAUGAGGACAGAUGGGUAAACCUACCCCAUAUUCAUAAUCACCUUGAUGGACAUGCUGUUGCAGUAACAGAAUCCUACGUGUAUGUUGCUGGGUCGAUGGAACCAGGGUUUGCUAAAACCGUGGAAAGGUAUAACCCAAACUUGAAUACCUGGGAACACGUUUGUAGUCUGAUGACAAGGAAGCAUUCUUUUGGACUAACAGAAGUCAAAGGGAAGCUAUACAGCAUUGGAGGACAUGGCAACUUCAGUCCUGGUUUUAAAGAUGUGACUGUUUUUAAUCCCGAGCUUGAUAAAUGGCACAACUUGGAAUCAGCACCAAAGAUUCUUCGAGAUGUUAAAGCGCUAGCCAUUGAAGACCGGUUUGUGUACAUCGCUGCCCGCACUCCUGUGGACCGGGACACUGAAGAUGGAUUAAAGGCUGUCAUCACUUGUUAUGAUACGGAGACUCGACAGUGGCAAGAUGUGGAAUCUUUGCCACUUAUUGACAAUUACUGCUUUUUCCAAAUGUCUGUGGUCAAUUCAAACUUUUAUCAGACAGCCUCAUGCUGUCCCAAGAGUUAUUCUUUAGAAAAUGAAGAGGCAGUAAGAAAAAUUGCCAGCCAAGUUUCCGACGAGAUCCUUGAAAGCUUACCUCCAGAAGUCCUAAGCAUCGAAGGAGCGGCCAUUUGCUAUUACAAAGAUGACGUUUUCAUUAUUGGAGGCUGGAAAAACAGUGAUGAUAUUGACAAACAGUAUCGGAAAGAAGCUUACCGAUAUUGUGCUGAGAGAAAGAGGUGGAUGCUUCUUCCUCCCAUGCCACAGCCUCGUUGUAGAGCCACUGCCUGCCAUGUGAGAAUCCCAUACCGGUACUUGCAUGGCACUCAGAGAUAUCCUAUGCCUCAAAACUUAAUGUGGCAGAAGGACCGGAUCAGACAGAUGCAAGAAAUACAUCGACACGCCCUAAACAUGCGACGAGUGCCAAGCUCUCAGAUAGAAUGCUAGGUUCUCUGAUAUGUGCAGCUCAAAACAGUUAUACCUGUUCAUGAGGCUGAAGAUACCCAGACUGUUACUUGAAAAAGUAUGUCAAUAACUUAUUUUCUACAUGAACUGAUUAUCGCCCCAUAUAAAGGAAAUAUAGUCAAAAACUGAAGAAUGAGAAGAUCAAUUCAAUACAUGGCAGCCUAGGCCAUGGCUGGAAAGAGAGGGUAAGUCCUUCCUUGCAUGAUGAUGUGUGCAGGGUUCCUGACUACUGAAUUCCUAAUUUUCAUAUUUAAAUUCACAUGUGUGAUUUCACAUCAGUAACUUGUGUUUCUGAAAUAUCCUAACUAACUUGUUAAUAAGGAAAGAAACCAGAUUUGCUUAAAUCUGUUCAAGGCUGACAUUCUGAAAUUCUAAACUGGAAAUAACUUCCCGCAGUAUUUGGAAAGGUUCUGAUUAUGAUGACCAGCCUAAAAUGGCUCUUUGGGAGAGAAAUUUCCUUUUUGAUGAAAACUUAAAGAUUGUGUUUGAUAAUUUAAGCAGUUAAAAAUACAGCUUUAAAAAGACAGCUUAAUAUGUAUUCAAGCAAACCUUUUUUGCUUUUGUUUUUGUUUUUGUUUUGUA